AUGUCCGCCGGAAGCCAACCCAUAAGCCUCACGGCCUUCGCAGAAGCCAUAACAGAGCUUCCCCUCGGAUCCCUCCAUGCCGAAGCCGCAAAACUCCAAAACGACAUCAACAAACUCCUCGAGUCCAACAUAGCCCUAGAGGCAGAAAAGGCUGUGGAGACAGAAGAAGGCGUCAGGUUUCUUGACGAGGUCAUCGUUGAGAACGAGGGCGUGGUGAAGAGCAAGGAAGAGCGGAUUGGGCUGUUGAAGGCUGAGGUGGAGAAGCGGGGGCAGGUGUGGAUUGAUCCUGGGAAGAAGGAUGAGGAGGAGCAAGCUCCGGUUCUGAAUGGGACUGGUCAUGACGCUGCUGAGCAACAGCAGGAGGGUGGACGAGACGCUGAUGGUGGGGUGUACCUGUGA